GCCAGGAUGGCUACUUCCUCACCAAGUCCUUCAAAUGUCGUCCCUUCCACUGUGAUGCAACGACUGCCGGCUGCACGACCUGCCGCCCCCGAAGCGAGUUGACCAAGGACGGAAGGCUCUACCGUGCGGGUGUGGCAGAGCGGAUAGGUGACCUGGAGCAGCUGGAGAACUGUCAGACAUGUCGUGAAACCGAUGCCACGGACGACCAUCAGUUCCUGGUUGACAGGGAGGAGCUUGGGGAAGGCAGCCGUGGGUGUGAGCCAUUCGCCUGCCACACGGGGCCCUUAGAGGCCUGCCAGCGGUGCAAGGCCUUGGAGGAAAGGAUCCAGGAGGGCCACUGCGAGAGCUGCAAUCCGGGGUUCCAGCUGCUAGACGGUCGCUGCCAAGCCUUCUCCUGCGCAACUGGACCUGGCAGUGCUUGUCAGAGCUGCCAGCUGCUGCAGAACCGCACUGAAGACCAUCAAUGUCUCAGCUGCAACCGGGGAUUCAAGCUCACUCACGACUUCAAGUGCAUCCCAUUCAAGUGCGAGGAGGGCAGUGAUGAGAAGUGCCGCAUUUGCACCCAACAGGAAGCACGAAGCGCUGAUGGAUAUUACCUCACCAUGGACCUCCAAUGCUCGCCCUUCACUUGUGACGAGUCUGAGACCUUCAGUGGUCCGAAGUGCCGAACCUGCCGGCCCCAAAGCAAGCGCACUGGAGAGCAGCAGUGCAACACCUGCAACGAUGGCUAUGGCUUGGUGAAUGAUACCUGCAAGCCAUUCACUUGUACGCCGGGCCCAGGUGCCGGGUGCAAGGCCUGCAAGUCUCAGAUGUCCAUGACCGGCUUUGGUCAAUGCGCCGCGUGCAACGACGGAUACACCUUGACCUCGGAGUCCACGUGUCAGCUGGGCUCCGAAAAUUGGGCCUCCAAUAGCAAGGUCCUUCGAUACGCCAAGCAGGUGGUGCGCGACUUGGUGCGUCAUUUGGACCGCAACCUCGACGGCACCAUCGACUCCAAGGAGCUCAACGAGGAAGAGAUCAACGCUGCCAUCCAGCGUGGCAUUGCCGGGUGCGCCGGGUGA